UAUAGAGCCUCUUCCCUCCCUUCCUCUUUAAUUUGCUUUUACUCUCUCUCUCUCUCUCUCUCUCUCUAUAUAUAUAUAUAUAUAUAUAUAUAUAUAUAUAUAUAUAUAUAUCAAAUACUCUGUUCUGUCUUCUCUUCUUCCCCUGUUCAAACCUCUUCUUUAGUUCUCCAUUUAUUUUUGUGCUAAAAAAAGAACCAAGGAAAUGGGUGCUCUCGAUUUCCUUUCAGAUUACUUCUCAGUUUCCACCCCAAAAAAGAAACGCAAACCAAUGCAGACAGUUGAAAUCAAGGUGAAAAUGGACUGUGAUGGCUGUGAAAGAAGAGUUCGGAAUUCUGUUUCCAACAUGUCAGGUGUGAAACAAGUAGAGGUGAAUAGAAAGCAAAGCAAGGUAACAGUGACAGGUUACGUGGAUAGAAACAAGGUCCUAAAGAAAGUGCAAAGCACAGGAAAAAGAGCUGAGUUUUGGCCAUAUAUUCAGUACAAUUUGGUGGCAUAUCCCUAUGUAGUUCAGGCAUAUGACAAGAAGGCACCAUCAGGGUAUGUGAAAAACACUGAACAAGCACUCCCCAACCCUAACGCACCGGAUGAGAAGCUCACCUCCCUCUUCAGUGAUGACAACCCUAAUGCAUGUUCAAUAAUGUAGAGCAAUUUUAGUUAUGUAUGUACAAGAAGGGCUACACCUUGCAAGUUCAUAUGCUUCACUUUUCCAUGUGUGCAUGUAUAGUUUCUUGGAGGCUAUUUUUUAACUUCUUGUUAUCUGUAUUGUCUUUGUUUAAUGACUAGGAAUUAGGUUCUGCUUAAGUUAGAAUAGAACUUGGAGGAAUAGGUGGAAAUUCUGUUUGCGGCAUAUGGCAAUCGUUGUGAUAGUUGUGUACUUGUGUUUAAAUUUUAAUCACUGCUGUUGUACUUUCAUGAUCAUCUUGUUCAAAGCUUUUUUAAAAUAAAUAUUAUUUCUAAGUA